GGUGGGCAUAUUUCAACAUGGAGGACAUCGUAGCUGUAGAGAAGAACCCGGUAUGAAUUAGUGAGAUUGUUUCCUGUUUUCCGUCUUAAAAUCGACAGAGUUUUUGUGGACGACAUGCCAGCAAUAGUGACCUCCAGACCUCAGACGGGCCUGUCCUUUCUGGCACCAGAACCAGAAGAUCUUGAGGAUCUUUACAGCAGAUACAAGAAGCUGCAGCAGGAGCUGGAGUUCCUGGAGGUGCAGGAGGAGUAUAUCAAAGAUGAACAGAAGAACCUGAAGAAAGAAUUCCUCCAUGCCCAGGAGGAGGUUAAGAGGAUACAGAGCAUCCCACUCGUCAUUGGCCAGUUCCUGGAAGCUGUUGACCAGAACACAGCCAUUGUGGGCUCCACUACAGGGUCCAACUACUAUGUGCGCAUUCUGAGCACCAUUGACAGAGAGCUGCUGAAGCCCAAUGCCUCAGUGGCUUUGCACAAGCACAGCAACGCCCUGGUGGAUGUACUACCUCCUGAAGCUGACAGCAGCAUCAUGAUGCUGACGUCAGACCAAAAGCCAGAUGUGAUGUAUGCUGACAUCGGUGGGAUGGACAUUCAGAAGCAGGAAGUCCGAGAAGCUGUAGAGCUGCCGCUCACACACUUUGAACUUUACAAACAGAUUGGCAUUGACCCACCCAGGGGUGUCCUUAUGUACGGACCUCCAGGUUGUGGUAAGACCAUGUUGGCCAAGGCUGUGGCUCAUCACACUACAGCGGCGUUCAUCCGUGUGGUGGGCUCUGAGUUUGUUCAGAAGUAUCUGGGUGAAGGCCCUCGUAUGGUGCGUGAUGUCUUCCGGCUGGCAAAGGAAAAUGCCCCAGCCAUCAUCUUUAUUGAUGAGAUCGAUGCUAUCGCCACUAAGCGUUUUGAUGCACAGACUGGAGCUGAUAGGGAGGUACAGAGGAUCUUACUCGAGCUGCUAAAUCAAAUGGACGGCUUUGACCAGAACGUCAAUGUCAAGGUGAUCAUGGCCACCAACAGAGCAGACACGCUUGACCCAGCCCUGUUACGUCCUGGUCGCCUGGACAGAAAGAUUGAGUUCCCCCUGCCCGACCGCAGGCAGAAACGUCUCGUUUUCUCCACCAUCACCAGUAAAAUGAACCUCUCUGAGGAGGUCGACCUGGAGGACUAUGUGGCCAGACCAGACAAGAUCUCUGGAGCCGAUAUCAACUCCAUCUGUCAAGAGGCUGGCAUGUUGGCAGUGCGUGAGAACAGGUACAUCGUCCUGUUCAAAGAUUUUGAAAAAGCUUACAAGACCGUCAUCAAAAAAGACGAGCAAGAGCACGAGUUCUACAAGUAGAUGGGGGAAAAAAAAAUAACAUCCUG